AUCAACCGUUCAUCAUGGAUUGUCGAAAUCACGACCGUUGAUAUCGCUCGGCGUAAUCCUGAGAGUUUUAAGCACUGCCAUCGCCUGCUUCAUCCGGCAGCGAAGCGAGAGAGAGAGAGAGCGGAGACCUCCCAGUUCUCGAUGCUGCAGCCGUCUGAUACCUUUUGAGGAGGGUUUUCUUUUGGAUUUGGCGGAGUAUUUGUUGGCUGGGAGGCGAAUCUGCCGCGCCUGGAAGUUUACAUUCAAACGCAAAGUAUUAACUGGGAAUGCUAAAAGAUGUGCCUGGAUGCUGAGGCUGCUAUCUUCUCGGAGUUUAAUGAGACUACACCUCCAGUUGAAACUAAACAUUUUAGUACACGUCAUAUGAUCGAUGUGGAGUUGCCUGAAAGAUUAACCAGAGGCAAGGAAAACAUAUUCACUGGAGCGGUUUUACCAGUUGAAAAAUGGAGUUCAGAGGGAAGGUUGUGAUGCAAAAGUAUGACUUGGGAAGACUAUUAGGGAAAGGUACUUUUGCAAAGGUGUACUAUGCUAGGAACAUCAGUGAUGGCCAAAGUGUUGCUAUAAAAAUCAUUGACAAAGAAAAAGUAGUGAAGGCCGGUCUCAUGGAGCAGGUGAAACGUGAAGUGUCAGUGAUGAGAUUAAUCAGGCAUCCAAAUAUAGUGCAUCUUUUUGAGGUCAUGGCCAGCAAGACCAAGAUUUACUUUGUCAUGGAGUAUGUCAAAGGUGGCGAUCUGUUUAGCAAGGUUGCAAAAGGAAAAGUAGAAGUUGGUGAUGCUCGAAAGUACUUUCGGCAGUUGAUUAGUGCUGUCGACUACUGCCACAGCAGAGGUAUCUAUCACCGUGAUCUGAAGCCUGAGAACCUACUGUUGGAUGAAAAUGAUAAUUUAAAGGUUUCAGAUUUUGGUUUAAGCACCCUUGUUGAUUCAGAAAGGCUAGACCGCCUACUGCACACAACUUGUGGAACUCCAGCUUAUGUUGCUCCUGAGGUGAUCAGUAGAAUGGGUUAUGAUGGUGCAAAUGCUGAUAUCUGGUCCUGUGGGGUUAUUCUGUUUGUGCUUAUGUCUGGCUAUUAUCCUUUUCAAGAUUCGAAUCUGAUGGAGAUGUACAAGAAGAUUGAGAAAGGAGAAUUUAAAUGCCCCCAUUGGUUCUCUCCCAGUACCAGGAAGCUUGUUGCAAAGAUCCUAGAUCCUAACCCAAGUACCAGGAUUUCUAUUGCGAAAAUCAGGGAAACCAAGUGGUUCAGAAAAGGGCUUGAUGGGAGGAAAAUGAAAAUCAAGCAGCCAAUAGAAGAUAACAGCCAUUUGGAAGCAGCGACAGCACACGACAAUCCAGAGAGUAAUGCUGCAGAGGAAAAAAAUAAUUCAACUAAAAUCACCAACUUGAAUGCUUUUGAAAUCAUCUCUCUUUCUGCAGGGUUUAACCUUUCAGGCCUAUUUGAGGAGAACCAAAACAAGCAGACUUGGUUCACUUCUAAAAAGUCUGCAUCAGCCAUAAUCUCUAAGCUAUACGAGGUGGCUAAAAUGUUAAAAUUCAAAGUGAAGAAGAAGGAUGGUGGAAUUGUAAAGAUGGAGUCCUUGAAAGAAGGAAAGGAUGGCCUUACCAUUGACUUUGAGAUCUUUGAGGUAUCCCCGUCACUUUAUUUAGUGGAAGUAAAAGGUUUAAAUGGCGAUACUUGGGAGUACCACAAACGUUUGAAAGAAGUUAGGCCAGCUCUAACUGACAUUGUUUGGAGAUGGCAAGGUCAUCUAAAUCCAUUUUGAGAGCUCCAAGUCUAAAUAGAUCAUCACUCUUUUUCUGUUCAGUUUGGUAUUAUGGAUCUCACUUGCUAGUCAUUCUCCUUCACUUAGCCAGUUUGUUAAAAUAAUGUCUCAUUCAUUGCAUGCUUAUGAUGACAAUUGUGUUUAAGCAUCUGGUUUCUUGCUUUAAAAUUUUGUGAUUGAGGGUGUUUUAUACUUGUUAUGAGAGGCACAUUACACAGUUUAAAUUAUUAAUCUCAUGUGGAACUUUUAUCUUUC